UCGGACUCGAGGAACAAUACAAGUACGGAUACCAGUCUACGCUUUUCAAUUGGAUGGUUUUAAAGUCGCACACGGAGAUCCUUUAUUUGAUUCUUCAGUUUCUCAAAGAUAAGAUAUCCUGAUCUACUCAUCCAUAGGAAAGUCCAUGGCUUGAUGCGGCGGACGAUUGAAAUGGGCGAAAGCAACUCCUGUCUGAUCCUAGGACCUCGAGGCACUGGAAAGACAAUGCUCGUUCGCCAGGCAUUACAGGAGAUCGAAAAGCAAUUCAGGAUAGACAUCAAUCGGACCACGGAUCAUAAUAUGGAUAUGGAUGUUGACGGACGCAAAGAAUUCAUGGUCAUCCAUCUCAAUGGAAUGGUCCAGACAGAUGAUAGAAUGGCACUGAAGGAGAUCAUGCGACAGCUUUCACGGGAAGGCGAGUCGGAAAUGGGAAACACCAAUACAUCAUUCUCGGACUCGCUUCCCUCAUUACUCACGUUUUUGAAGGCUGGAACGAAAGAGCAAUAUCCGAUUAUUUUUAUCCUGGACGAGUUCGAUCUGUUUGCGCAACAUACGAAACAAUCUCUGCUUUACAACCUAUUCGACGUGGCACAGAGCGCAGAGUGGCCAAUUGCUGUCAUUGGCGUCACUUGUCGUAUGGACGCAUUGGAAUUACUAGAGAAGCGCGUCAAGUCGAGAUUCUCGCAUCGGCAUUACUAUACGUUCCCACCUAGCGCCUAUCACGACUAUGCGGAGGUCUGUCAGAAUGCCCUCUUGCUAUCGCCCGCAGAUUUGGAGAUUCAAUCGGUGGAAGGAAUGCUCAUGGGCGAAGAUCUCGAAGACAAAUUGAUAUUCAUGAACGAAUUCAACCGUCGCGUGAAGAUGCUGUUUGAAGAUGGUGGAUUUUCAAAGGUCGUGCAGCGGAUAUACGAUCUAAUGAAGGAUGUCCGAGGGUUCUAUCGCCUCUGUUUUGGACCAGUGGCAGAACUUUCAGAAACACACCCCUAUUUGCAGCCCUCCCAGUUCUACGAUUCGGGUUUGCAGCAGCGGGUUGAUAACAAAACCGAGCUGCUCAAGGGCAUCUCGCUGCUGGAGCUGUGCCUGCUGAUUGCAAUCAAGCACCUUGUGGAGCGGGAAACAAUUACGUUCAACUUUGAAAUGGUGUAUGAUGAGUACAAAGAUUUUAUGGAUAUGGCUGUCGUGCGUGGAACAGCGUCGAGUUCGUUGGGCGUCCAGGGCAUUAGCAGCGGAGGGACCGUUACCACGACCGAGACCGUAUCCUUGAGACUCUACAAGAAGGCCGUUGCACUAAAGGCUUUUGAACAUCUGGUGGAGGCAGAGCUGCUGCGGCCCGCAGACUCGUCCGGUAAGGGCCCAAAAGAGUACCGGAUGGUGCGCGUGAUGCUGGACUCGAGCCAGAUCUCGGACGUGGUGUUGAAGCAUCGGGAUUGCCCCACGGUAGUUGCCCGCUGGGCGGCACGGCGGCAGUGAGCAAGAGCAAAAUAAAAUGGAAACUUUAUGAGAGCGAG